CUCACGCAGCAUGAAGUGCCUGAACAACCGGGCUGAGAGCCACCUGAGCGGGGAGGUGGAGUGCGAGCUGGAGACGGUGCGUAACGGGGCCUGGGUGAACCACGGCUACUGCGGGUCUCCCCCGCCCCCGGCCCGGGGGGUCAGCACCAUCUACGGCCCCCAGACUCUCUUCCAGGACUCCACGGAGGGCGUGUACACGGCAGACACCCCGGGCCGGGCCCCAGAGGAGCCGCCCUCCUCCAACCAAAGCCUGAUGAAGGGACGACGAGGCUGCUGCUCCUUCAUCAAAGGCUUGUGGGGCACGGCGCUGACCGAGAACGUCUCCAACAACCGGGAACAGUUCGUCCGGACCACGAUCCGGGAGCUGCUGGUCUACCUGGUGUUCCUGGUGGACAUCUGUCUCUUGACGUACGGCAUGACCAGCUCAAGCACCUACUAUUUCACCAAGGCCAUGACGGACCUGUUUGUGAAUUCAGACGCUGACACGGGGGUUAAGUUUCAGUCCAUUAGCACCAUGGCCGACUUCUGGACCUACGCCCAGGGUCCGCUGCUGGCCGGCCUCUACUGGACCAAGUGGUACAACAACCAGUCGGUGCAGGGCGGGGACCGCUCCUUCAUCUACUACGAGAACAUGCUGCUGGGCGUGCCCAGGAUGAGGCAGAUCAAGAUCAAGGACAACUCCUGCAAGGUCCACCAGGACUUCAGAGACGAGAUCGUGGGAUGCUUCGACGUUUAUAACGAGAAGAAGGAGGACGAGCUCAGCUUCGGCCUCGUCAACGGCACGGCGUGGAGCUACCACACGGAGAAGGAGGUGAAAGGUUCGUCGUACUGGGGCCUGCUGACGACCUACAGCGGAGCGGGGUACUACCAGGACCUGAACCGGACCAGGGAGGAGAGUGCCGACGUGCUGAAGGAGCUGAUGGAAAACCUGUGGCUGGGCCGAGGAACCCGGGCCGUCUUCAUCGACUUCUCCACCUACAACGCAAACAUCAACAUGUUCUGCGUCAUCAGGUUGGUGGUUGAAUUCCCGGCGACUGGUGGAGCGAUCCCGUCCUACCAGAUCCGGACGGUUCGACUGAUCCGCUACAUCAGCCCCUGGGACUACUUCAUCCUGGCCUGCGAGAUGAUCUUCUGCCUUUUCAUCCUGUACUACAUUGUUGAGGAGAUUCUCGAGCUGCGGAUCCACAAGUUUUCCUACUUGAAAAGCAUCUGGAACAUCCUGGACAUCUUAGUCAUUCUGCUCGCCCUCGUUGCCAUCAUCUUCAACAUCUUCAGAACCAUCAAAGUGGACAAGCUGCUUGGAAAACUGCUGCAAAAUCCGGACAUCUAUCCCGACUUUGAGUUUCUGGCGUUCUGGCAAAUGCAGUACAACAACAUGAACGCGGUGAACCUCUUCUUCGCCUGGAUCAAGAUCUUCAAGUACAUCAGCUUCAACAAGACCAUGACGCAGCUCUCCACCACGCUGGGCCGCUGCGCCAAAGACAUCCUGGGGUUCGCCAUCAUGUUCUUCAUCGUCUUCUUCGCCUACGCCCAGCUGGGAUAUUUACUCUUCGGGACGGAGGUUGAAUCUUUCAGCACCUUCGUGAAGUGCAUCUUCACACAGUUCAGGAUCAUCCUCGGAGACUUCGACUACGACGCCAUCGACCGCGCCAACAGAGUCCUCGGGCCCAUCUACUUCGUCACCUACGUGUUUUUUGUCUUCUUCGUGCUCCUGAACAUGUUCCUGGCCAUUAUAAAUGACACAUAUUCAGUGGUUAAGGAGGAACUGUCGUCCCAGAAAGACGAGCUGCAGUUUACUGACAUCAUCAAACAGAGCUACAUGAAGACAUUCACGAGGCUGAAACUCAAAAAGGAGAAAAUAUCGGAUGUUCAGAAGGCUCUGCAGUCGGGAUCCAAAGAGAUCGAGUUCAAGGACUUCAGAGAAACUCUUAAAGAGAUGGGACAUGCUGACCAUGAAAUAUCUGCUGCCUUCUCACAGUUUGACCAAGACGGGAACCAAAUUCUCGAUGCCGACGAACAAGAGAGGAUGAAAAUCGAGCUGGAAGAAAAAAGGGAUGCUCUUAACGCUGAGCUCAACAACCUCGGGGAGAAUUAUCAGACGGACAAACCCGUCACAUCCAAGGAGCCCAAGAGCCCGACCUUUGUUGACCAGGAUCAGUUUCUAGGUCUGUCCAGACAGGUUGUCAGCAUUGAAGCUUGUGUAGAAAACAUCACAUCCAGGAUCAAGCUGAUUAUGCACAAACUUGCACUACAAGAAAAGGCUGCUGGAAAUAAACUGGCAGAGAAACCGUCUGCAGCCUGGGAGGAUAAUGACCUGCUUUCGAUGAACCCUGUGAGUGAUGGAUCUGCCUCCGGCGGCCGCAUCCUGGUUUGUGUUGACAGAGCAACAAAGCCCGAAAUGCCGCCCAGAAAACCAGCGCUCCGCUACAACUCUGCAUACAACUCUCACAUGUGAUUAACCUGCAAGAAACCGCCACGGAUCGUCUUCAGAUCAGCUCACACCCCCAUAUUUCACAUUGAAACCAUCUUCUUCCUUCAUCUUUUUGCUUUAGGGGGUCACCACAGCAGAUCACCUGUUUCCAUCUUUCCCUGUCAUCUGUAUCUUCCAACCAGCUGCAUCUCCAUCUCCAUCGUCCUUCCUGCCAUUAUAUUCACUUCCUCUUUGCGUCUUUUAACCAUCUCAUUUCAUUUCAUCUCAACGUCCUGUGUUCAGUACUCGAGUUGUAAAUAAAAUCAGGGGGGAUGGUGGAUUUUAUCAUAUGGGGACAGAUAAUUUGUGCUGAUUACAAAUAAUAUAAUAUAUUACUAAUAAUAGCAGUGACCAAAACACCUGCAGAAAUACUGCAGGAAUGACAUAGCAGCAGUUAAAUGCAGCCUUCUGUAAGCUUUAAAUAUCCACUGGGCUUACAUCAAAUACAUCAAAACACAACAAUAAAAAACACUUUUCUGAACUUAUCAAUA